UUUACCUCUAAAAAAAAAAAAAAAAAAAUCAAACUACAGCCUGAACUCAGCUGCCCGGAAUGGAUCCGACACACUUACACAGUGUUAAGUUGAUUUAAAGAGGAUCUGAUCACAGGAUUAUAAAGGCCGAGAGCCACACCACAGUAACUUUUGUUCUUCCACAGGGAGCAGAGAGAGAGAGAAAGAGAGAGAGAAGGGGAGAGAGGAAAGGAAAGGAAAGGAAGUUUACUGCGGUGGAGGAAGCAGGGCGGCUGCAGACAUGGAGGACUCCGGGUCGGCCCUGGAGAAAAAUGUGGCGGACCUCACUGUGAUGGAUGUGUACGACAUUGCAGCGGUAGUGGGCCAGGAGUUUGAACGCAUCAUUGAUCAGUAUGGCUGCGAGGCUUUGUCCAGGCUCAUGCCCAAAGUGGUGCGCGUGUUGGAGAUCCUGGAGGUGAUGGUGAGCCGCAGCUGCAUCAGCCCCGAGACCGAGGAGCUGAGGCUGGAGCUGGACAAGCUGAGGCUGGAGAGGAUAGACCGGCUGGAGAAGGAGAAGAAGCACAGGAAGGAGUUGGAGCUGGUGGAGGACGUAUGGAGAGGAGAAGCUCAGGAUCUCCUCACUCAGAUCGCUCAGCUGCAGGAGGAGAACAAAUCUCUCCUCACCAACAUGUCCAUCAAAGACCCCAUGAGUGAGGAAGACCUGCAGAGGCACGAAGGUAUGACGGAGAGAGAGCGACAGGUGAUGAAGAAGCUCAAAGAAGUGGUGGACAAGCAGAGGGACGAGAUUCGAGCCAAGGACCGAGAACUCACUCUGAAGAACGAAGACAUAGAAGCACUCCAGCAGCAACAGUCUCGCCUCAUGAAGAUCAACCACGACCUCCGCCAUAAGAUCUCCGUGGUGGAGGCUCAGGGCAAAGCGCUCAUCGAACAGAAGGUGGAACUGGAGGCUGGAGCUCAGGCGCGGGGACAGGAAGUCACUGCCCUCAGACAGGAAGUGACACGCUUAAGGGAACGUCUGCAGGGAGACGCGCCGGGCCAGAACAAUGAGGAAGCCCAAGCUCUGCCUCCGUCACCUGCAGAGGAGGCGUUGUGUGAGGAGGAGGCGGGAGGUCUGGACCCGAAGGAUCCGAACAGACCUCGGUUCACCCUGCAGGAGCUGAGAGACGUUCUCCACGAGAGGAACGAGCUCAAGGCCAAAGUGUUCCUGCUGCAGGAGGAGCUGGCUUAUUAUAAAAGUGAGGAGACAGAAGAUGAGAUGGUGACUCCGUCUCCGUCUCCCUCGCCUGAGCUGAGAACUCGCGCCCCGACCGUCUGCUCAGCCGGAGUCGGGAAUCAAACGCCUGAUCUUCACAGCCAUUAUGCCGAUGGUGGCUGCUGGUUUGAUCCCAGAUGACCCCACUUUACAGCCAAUCAGACGUCUCAUAUCGAUAGUUUAGUUUCUUCUCACGUGACAAGCAGCGGGCGUCGCAGAGGAGCGC